AGAUGUGCCUCGCUCAGAGAGUGCCCGUGGCUCCGCAUUCUCGUCGCAGUCCUGCGGUCAGCGGCCUCCGCGUGGUGCGGAGCGAGGCCAGGCAGCACCUGCUCGAGGCCCGUGUCGUCAUGGCCACGGUUCCCGAGUUGCUGCAGCAGCAGGAGGAGGACCGCAGCAAGCUGAGAUCUGUGUCUGUGGACCUGAACAUUGAUCCUUCACUUCAGAUUGACAUACCUGAUGCACUCAGCGAGAGAGAUAAGGUCAAAUUUACAGCGCACACCAAGACCACACUGCCCACGUUUCAGAGCCCAGAGUUUUCUGUUACGAGGCAACAUGAAGACUUUGUGUGGCUACAGGACACACUCACUGAAACAACAGAGUAUGCUGGGCUUAUUAUUCCACCUGCACCUACAAAGCCUGACUUCAAUGGCCCUCAUGAGAAGAUGCAGAAACUUGGAGACGGUGAAGGGUCUAUGACCAAGGAAGAAUUUGCCAAGAUGAAACAAGAACUGGAGGCUGAGUAUCUCGCUGUCUUUAAGAAGACUGUGUCCUCCCAUGAAGUCUUUCUUCAACGGCUUUCUUCUUACCCUGUUCUCAGUAAAGAUCGCAACUUUCAUGUUUUCCUGGAAUAUGAUCAGGAUCUAAGUGUCAGGCGGAAAAAUACCAAAGAGAUGUUUGGUGGCUUUUUCAAAAGUGUGGUGAAAAGUGCUGAUGAAGUCCUUUUUUCUGGAGUUAAGGAGGUAGAUGACUUCUUUGAGCAAGAGAAGACCUUCUUCAUUAACUACUACAACAGGAUCAAGGACUCCUGUGGGAAAGCUGACAAGAUGACCAGGUCUCAUAAAAAUGUUGCAGACGACUAUAUCCACACUGCAGCUUGCUUGCACAGCCUGGCUUUGGAAGAGCCCACAGUCAUCAAAAAGUACCUGUUGAAGGUUGCUGAGCUGUUUGAAAAACUUAGGAAAGUAGAGGGUCGCGUCUCAUCAGAUGAAGAUUUAAAGCUCACAGAACUCCUCCAUUACUACAUGCUCAACAUAGAGGCUGCAAAGGACCUCUUCUACAGACAUACUAAGGCCCUCAUUGACUAUGAGAACUCAAACAAAGCUCUGGAUAAAGCCCGGCUGAAAAGCAGAGAUGUCAAGUUGGCAGAGGCACACCAGCAGGAAUGCUGCCAGAAAUUUGAACAGCUUUCUGAGUCUGCUAAAGAAGAACUGGUAAAUUUCAAGCGGAAGAGAAUGGCAGCAUUUAGAAAGAAUCUAAUUGAAAUGUCUGAACUGGAAAUAAAGCAUGCCAGGAAUAAUGUCUCCCUCUUGCAGAGCUGCAUUGACUUGUUCAAGAAAAACUGAUCUACCUUUACUCUGAAGCAAUGAAAUGAAUGGGAAAGAAAACCAGCACCGGCGCUGCGGCUCACUAGGCUAAUCCUCCACCUAGCGGCGCCGGCACACCGGGUUCUAGUCCCAGUCGGGGCACCGGAUUCUUUCCCAGUUGCCCCUCUUCCAGGCCAGCUCUCUGCUGUGGCCCGGAAAGGCAGUGAAGGAUGGCCCAAGUGCUUGGGCCCUGCACCCCAUGGGAGACCAGGAUAAGUACCUGGCUCCUGCCUUCGUAUCAGCGCUGUGCGCCGGCUGCAGCACACCAGCCAUGGCGGCCACUGGAGGGUGAACCAACGGCAAAAGGAAGACCUUUCUCUCUGUCUCUCUCUCUCUCACUAUCCACUCUCACUGUAAAAAAAAAAAAAAGAAAGAAAGAAAGAAAGAAAGAAAGAAAGAAAGAAAGAAAGAAAGAAAGAAAGAAAACCAGCAUCACUUGCACUUAAAUCAUUACCAUGGAAGAUUUAUUAGCUUUGACUUUAGUUAAAAAUUAUGUGAACUAUUUUGAUUUCUAAAAAUCUUAACACUUAACCAUGUCAGUUUAAAAAUAUUUUAUUGUGUGCUAUUUGGAUAUAACUAAUCUUCUCCUUAUGCAUUCAAUACCUCAAAGUGGGCAAGAUAUAAAUACUGGAUACUUCUGUUGUUUGUCUUUCAUUACCAAGAGGGUGUAGGAGACAUGUGCCUUCUGGAAACCAAUAGAAGCAAUUACCUGGCACAUGUUUCUCCAUGUGCUCAUGUCCACACAAACUGAUUUUGUCAGAGGCGCCAAUUCCAACAUAGGUAGCAGACAUUCCAUUCGUUAAUUACAUAGUUCUCACUUCUUGUUACUCAUGUUUCUUGAGUCACCUGAAGUGUUUGUAUUAGACAAUGGCAAGAAAAUCUCAUUUAUCUUUGUAUAUCCUUUGCAGCUCCAUUUUUAUAGUUGAGAUGAAAUGUUUGAGGAGAGAGCUAUAUCUUGGGAUACCCAUAGACAUGGCUACCUGAAGGAAGACUCUGCCUACUAAUGGUUGGGGGGUGGUGGAUGUGUUUUGGGGCUUUUGUCUUCAAUAAAGCAUAUAAUGAACAAGAAAAAAAAAAGAAUAUCAUUACAAUUUUAAAGGUGUUGUUAUAUUUAAAAGGUUCCCUGGAAGUUAUUUUUCCAAAGGUCUCUCAUAAAAACCAUAACUGGCCUACCAUUGCCCUUGUCUAAUACAAGGAAAAGACGUCAGAUGAAGAACUUGGUUGACUCUGCUUAUCUAUGUAUGGUUGGUGAUGGGUGAUCUUAAAUUGAAAACCUUUGUGUAUACCUCAUACUUCCCUUUCUCUCUCAGAAUAUGAGGGAAUUAAGGAUAAGCAUUUCACUGAUAAUCCAGGAACACAUUAUUGAAUCUUUUUAAUAUUUUUAAUGUAUUUUUAUUUUUUAAUUUUUCCCCUAAAGAAUAUUUUUAUUUAAGGAAUAUAGACUUCAUGCAUUUCAUAAGUACAAUUUUAGGAAUAUAGUGAUUCUUCCCUUCAUACCCAAACUCCCACCCACUCUUCCACCCCUCCUCCUUGUCCCUCUCCCAUUCCCAGUCACAUUCUUCACUAAGAUCCAUUUUCAAUUAACUUUUUACACAGAAUACCAACCCUAUACUAAGUAAAGAGUUAAACAAUUUUCUGGGUUAAAAAAAGCAACAAAACAAAACAAAAUUUUAAAAAACCCUGUUCCUCAACAGUCAAGACAAGGGCUGUUCAAAGUCAUUACAUCUCACAGUUAAUUCUUUUCCUUUAUUUCUUGUUGUUUUUUUUUUUUUAAAGAAACUUAAUUAACUUUAAUGAAGCAUCUAAGAAUGAUACAUAUUUUGGGAGCACUUAGACAUAGUUAUAAUAACAACUUUGAGGACAGAGGUCCUGCAUGGGAGUAGUGUUAAUUUAAAAAUUAACACUCUUAUAUAUGAUGUCAGUGAUCACCCAAGGCUCUUGACAUGAGCUACCUAGGCUAUGGAAGACUUUUGAAUCCACAAACUCCAUCAGUAUGUAGAGAAUACUGUGGAAGUUCUCUAUUCCCUUCAGAGAAAAGUACCUCCUUUGAUGACCACUUCUUUCCACUGGGGUCUCACCCACUGAGAUCCUCAUGUAGGACAUUUUUUGCCCCAUGUCUUGGCUUUCCAUGCCUGAAAUGCUCUUAUGGGCUUUUCAGCCAGACCAGAAUGCAUUAACUACUGAUUCUGAGGUUGGAGUGCUAUUUAAAGCGGUUGUCAUUCUAUGAGUCUGCUGUAUGGAUUGCUUCCCAUGUUGGAGAAUUCACUCCUUUUUAAUUCUAUCUGUUGUUAAUACCAGACCUUUAAUCCUAUCCAUAUGAUCACUUUAACACUUAAGAUGGUACUUUUACCACCCAGCUUAAGGGGAUUUGGGGUCCAUGACAAGUUUUUAAAAUGUACCCUUAGAAGUAAGUCUGUAAGAAUGUAUGCAGAACUAUACUGCUUUACAGUUACAAACUUCAUACACUUCAUAUUUACAACUUUUGGAACAUGGUGAUUCAUCCCACCAUGCUCACCCUCCCACCUAUACUCAUAACCCCUCUUCCUCCUCCCUUUCUUAUUUCCACUCUUAUUUUUUACUGAGAUCUAUUUUCAAUUGACUUUAUAUACAUAUGUUUAACUCUAUGUUAAUUAAAGAGUUCAACAAAUAGUAUUCAAAAAAAAAAAAAACUUUCUCAACAGUCAAGACAAGGGCUGUUCAAGUCAUUGCUUCUCAAAUUGUCAAUUUCACUUCUACAGAUUGCCUUUUAGGUGCUCUAUAGUUAUUACAGAUCAGAGAGAACAUGUGGUAUUUGUCCCUUUGGGCCUGGCUUAUUUCACUAAAUAUGAUGUUUUCCAGAUUCAUCCAAUUUGUUGUUGUAAAUGACCAGAUUUAUUUUUUUUACAUCUAUAUAGUGUUCCAUACUGUACAUAUCCCAUAAUUUCUUAAUCCAGUUUUCACUUGACGAGCAUUUGGGUUGAUUCCAUGUCUUAGCUAUUGUGAAUUGAGCUGCAGUAAACAUGGGGGUACAGAUAAAUCUUUCAUAUGCUUAUUUCAUUUCCCUUGGGUGAAUUCCCAGCAGUGGGAUGACUGGGGCAUAUGCUGAUCUAUAUUCAGACUUUUGAGGUAUCUCCAUACUGUCUUCCAUAGUGGCUUUACCAGUUUACAUUCUACCAACAGUGGAUUUCAGGGUACCUUUUACCCUACAUCCUCACCAGCAUUUGUUGUUUGUUGAUUUCUGUGUGAAAGCCAUUCUAACUAGGGUGAGGUAAAACCUCACUAUGGUUUUGAUUUGCAUUUCCCUGAUGGCUAGUGAUCCUAAACAUUUUUUCAUCUGUCUGUUGGCCAUUUGGAUUUUCUAUUUUGAAAAAUGUCUGUUUAAGUCCUUUGCCCAUUUCUUUACUAGGAUGUCUGUUUUGUUGUUGAGUUUCUGGAUCUCUUAAUAUAUUCUGGUUAUUAAUCCUUCAUCAGUUGAAUAGUUUACAAAUAAUUUCUUCAAUUCUGUCGAUUGCCUCUUUACUUUCCUGAGUGUUUCUUCAUAGUACAGAACCUUCUGAAUUUGAUGUAAUCCCAUUUGUGAAUUUAGGCUUUGAUUGCUUAUGCUUCUGGGGUCUUUUCCAAGAAGGCUUUGCCCAUGCCAAUGUCUUGGAGGGUUUCUCCAACAUUCUCUAAUAAUUUGAUGGUGUUGGGUCAUAGAUUUAGGUCUUUAAUCCAUUUUGGGUGGAUUUUUGUACAAGGUGUAAGGAAAGGUUCUUGCUUUAUACUUCUGCAUGUGGAAAUCCAGCUUUCCCAUAACCAUUUGUUGAAGAGACUGCCUUGUCCAGGGAUGAGUUUUAGCUCCUUGGUCAAAUAUAAGUUGGUUGUAGAGGCUUGGAUUGAUUUCUUGCAUUUCUAUUCUGUUCCAUUAGUCUAUCCAUCUAUUUCUGUACCAGUACCAGGGUGUUUUGAUUAUAACUCCCUAUAGUUUGUCUUGAAAUCUGGUAUUGUGAUGCCUCCAGCUUUGUUUUUGUUGUAUAAGAUUGCUUUAGCUAUUCUGGGUCUCCUAUGUUUUCAUAUGAAUUUCAACAUCAUUUUUUCUGCAUCUGAGAAUAAUGCCCUUGGUAUUUUGACUGGUAUUGCACUGAAUCUGUAAAUUGCUUUUGGAAGAAUGAACAUUUUGAUGAUAUUGAUUCUUCCAAUCCAUGAACAUGAAAGAUUUUUCCAUUUUUUUUAUCUUCCUCUAUUUCUUUCUUUAAUGUUUUGUUAUUCUUUUUUUUUUUGACAGGCAGAGUGGACAGUGAGAGAGAGAGAGAAAGAAAGGUCUUCCUUUUCUGUUGGUUCACCCUCCAAUGGCUGCUGUGGCCAGUGCGCUGCGGCCGGCGCACCACGCUGAUCCAAAGCCAGGAGCCAGGUGCUUCCUCCUGGUCUCCCAUGCGGGUGCAGGCGCCCAAGGACUUGGGCCAUCCUCCACUGCACUCCCGGACCACAGCAGAGAGCUGGACUGGAAGAGGAGCAACCAGGACAGGAUCCGGCACCCCAACCGGGACUAGAAGCCGGAGUGCCGGCACCGCAGGUGGAGGAUUAGCGUACUGAGCCGUGACGCCGGCCAAUGUUUUGUUAUUCUCAUCGUAGAGAUCUUUGACAUCUUUGGUUAAAUUUAUUCCAAUGUAUUUGAUGUUUUUUGUAGCUAUUGUGAAUGGGAUUGAUCUUAGAAGUUCUUUCUCAGCCAUGGCAUUGUCUGUGUAUAAAAAGGCUAUUGAUUUUUGUGUAUUGACUAUAUAUCCUGGGAAUUUACCAAACUUUUCUAUGAGUUACAAUAGUCUCUUAGUGGAGUCUUUUGGAUCCCCUAUAUAUAGAAUCGUGUCAUCUGUAAAUAGGGAUAUCUUUACUUCUUCCUUCCCAAUUUGUAUCCCUUUGAUUUCUUUUUCUUGCCUAAUGGCUCUGGCUAUACUGAAUAGCAGUAGUGAUAGUGGACAUUCUUGUCCAGUUCUGGAUUUCAGUGGGAAAUACUUCCAACUUUUCCUCAUUCAAUAGGAUGCUGGCUGUGGGUUUGUCAUAAGUGGCCUUGAUUGUGUUUAGGAACGUCCAUCCUUCCUUCCUUCCUUUUUUUUUUUUUUUUUUUGAAUGUUCUUUCUAUAACCAAUUUGCUUAGAAUUUUCGUCAUGAAAGGGUCUUCGGCCGGCGCCGCGGCUCACUAGGCUAAUCCUCCGCCUAGCGGCGCCGGCACACCGGGUUCUAGUCCUGGUUGGGGCGCCAGAUUCUGUCCCGGUUGCCCCUCUUCCAGGCCAGCUCUCUGCUGUGGCCAGGGAGUGCAGUGGAGGAUGGCCCAAGUGCUUGGGCCCUGCACCCCAUGGGAGACCAGGAAAAGCACCUGGCUGCUGGCUCCUGCCAUCGGAUCAGCACGGUGCGCCGGCUGCAGCGGCCAUUGGAGGGUGAACCAACGGCAAAAGGAAGACCUUUCUCUCUGCCUCUCUCUCUCACUGUCCACCCUGCCUGUCAAAAAAAUAAAAAAAAAAAGAAAGGGUGUUAUAUUUUAUCAAAUGCUUUCUCUUUAUCUAUUGAGAGAAUCAUAUGGUUUUUGUUCUUCAGUUUGUUAAUGUGAUGUAUCACAUUGAUUGAUUUGUCAAUGUUGAACAUUGCAUAUCAAGGAUAAAUCCCACUUUGUCCAGUUGAAUGAUCUUUCUGAUAUGUUGUUGGAUUUGAUUGGCUACAUUUUUGUUGAGGAGUUUUGCAACUAUAUUCAUCAGGGAAAUUGGUCUGUAGCUCUCUUUCUCAGUUGCAUCUUUUUGAGGUUUAGGAAUUAAGGUGAUGCUGGAUUCAUAGAACAAAUUUGGGAGGAUUCCCUCCCUUUCAGAUGUUUUGAAUUGCUUAAGAAGAAUUGGAGUUAGUUCUUCUUUAAAUGUCUGGUGGAAAUCAGCAGUGAAGCCAUCUGGUCCCGGGCUUUUGUUUGUUGGGAGGGUCUUUAUUACUGAUUCAAUUUCCAUCUUGGUUAUUGGUCUGUUUAGGUUUUCUGUGUCUUCUUGGCUCAAUUUAGUUGGGUUAUAUGUGUCCAGGAAUCUAUCCAUUUCUUCUUGGUUUCCUGGUUUGUGGCAUAGAGUUCUUUAUAGUAAUUUCUGAUGAUUCUUUGUAUGUCUGUGGUGUCUGUUGUUAUAUUUACUUUUUUUAAAAGAUUUAUUUUAUUUAUUUGAAAUACAGAGUUACAGAAAGAGAGGUAGAGUCAGAGAGAGAGCAAAAGGUCUUCUGUUCCGUUGGUUCACUCCCCAAAUGACCGCCAUGGCCAGAGCUGAGCUGAUCCGAAGCCAGGAGCCAGGAGCCUCUUCCAGGUUCCCCAUGUGGGUAAAAAGACCCAAGGACUUGGGCCAUCUUCCACUGCUUUCCCAGGCCAUAGAAGAGAGCUGGACGGGAAGAGGAACAGCCAGGACACAAACCUGCACCCAUUUGGGAUGCCGGCACUGCAGGCUGGGGCUUUAACCCGCUGCACACCACAGCGUCGGCUCCUAUAUUUACUUUUUCAUCUCUAAUCUUAUUAAUUUGGGUCUUCUCUCUCCCUUUUUUUUGUUAUUUGUGCUAAUGGUAUGUCAAUUUUGUUUAUUUUUCAGAAACCAGCUCUUUAUUUUGCUGAUCAUUUGUAGUAUUUUUUUGUUUCAAUUUUGUUUAAUUUAUAAUUCUCUAAUUUCAAUUAUUUCUUUUCUCCUACUAGUUUUUGGUUUGGUUUCCUGUUGUUUUUCUAGAUCCUUGAGAUGGCAUUGAGAGCUCAUUUAUUUAAUGUCUUUCCAAUUUCUUUAUGUUGGCACCUAUUGCUAUAAACUUUCCUCUUAACACUGCUUUUGCUAUAUCCCAUUAAGUUUAGAUAUGUUGUAUUGUCAUCUUAUUUGUUUCUAGAAAUUUUUUGAUUUCUCUUCUGAUUUCUUCAAUGACCCGCUGUUCAUUCAGGAGCAUAUUAUUCAGUCCCCAUGUGUUUGCAUAUGUUCUCGAGAUUCCUGAGUUGCUGAUUUCUGCUGUGGUCCGAGAAGAUGCAUGGUAUGAUUUUGAUUCUUCCUUUAUGGCCUAGUAUGUGGUCAAUCCUAGAGAAAGCUCCAUGUACUGCCUAGAAGAAUGUCCGUUCUGCAACUGUAGGAUGGAAAGUUCUGUAGAUAUCUGUUAAGUCCAUUUGGUCUAUAGUGUUGAUUAAUGCUAUUGUUUCCUUGCUGAUUUUGUCUGAUUGAUCUGUCCACUUCUGAAAGUGGUAUAUUGAAGUUCCCCAUUAUAUUGUAUUUGAUUCUAUGUUUGCCUUUAGAUCUCUUAACAUUUCUUUUAAAUAGCCAGGUACCCUGUAAUUUGGUGAAUAUACAUUUAUAAUAGUUACAUCUUCCUGUUUAUAAUUAAUCUCUUAAUCAUUACAUAGUGCCUUUCUUUCUGUCUUUUAACUGUUUUUGUGUUAAAGUUUAUUUUGUCUGAUAUUAGGAUGGCUACACCAGCUCUUUUUUGUUUUUUUGUUAGCGAAGAAUAUCUUUUUCCAUCCUUUCACUUUCAGUCAGUGGCAUGGCCAAGGCAACUUCAGCUGGCUGAUGAGGUCAAAGUGGAAGGUCUGUCUCAGCAAGGUGUGAGAAGGACAGCUGCAGUCCUCUUGGUGGUUUUAGGUUUGUUGGGAACUACACUCUGCAUAAGAAAGCCGGAGCUUCCUGGUGGUCCUGCUAAUGAUUUCUGUAUUUCUAAUUUUAGGGAUGAGCACUUAGUCUCAUAAUCCCCAAAAUGUCCAUUGCUUUGUAGAAUUCUUAUCAAGCAGAAUGUUAGUAUAGGAGAAAGGGUUAAUGCUUUAUGCAAGGUUAAGCUGUUUGUGGAAAAGAAUUAAAAGGCAGCAGGCUCCUUAGUAUAUACUUCCCACUAAAUAAAGACAAAUGUUAUUAAAGCUUUAAUUCAAUAUAUGCUACAGAUACUACAAUGGUUAGGAUGUCAAAACGGUGGAAUAGAUCUAAAAAAUAAGUACAAUAAAGCAAUUAAAGAAUUACAGAAAGAACUGCAAAGAGGGGAUACAUUUUAAAAAGGGCCUGCUUUGAACUUGGGGCUUCUAGUAAAGAUUAGAUUAGGAAAGUGAAAUUCUAGCUUGUGUAGCCAAUUUCUGCUUAGCUCAACAGCACUCCAGGCCUUGGCGUGUGUGGGCAGCCCGUUCUCUCACCUGUCUGUGAUUGUAACCCAUGCUCUGAAUAUGUCCUUGAAAAUCAAAGGAAUUGUAAUUAGAAAAAAACGGACAACAAACUUGUUAUUGUGAGAAAAGAAGAAUCAUUAUUUGACUUAUGAUAUAAAAAUAAAGUCUGGUGCUCUAGAGCCAGAGCCAUGCCAUCA